AACAAAACAGUGAACCCCCUGUGCCGAAACUCGCAGCGUUUGAGCAUUUCGCCACGCCUUUUUCCUGUCGAUCGCAUCAGGACUCUCAGGACCCUGAAAUCCCCAUCGCCAGCCUUCUCACCGCUGUGCCCAGGCGCCCACUCUGCUCCAAAUGUUAAAACCGGUAGGGCUCCUGCUCCUGCUCAUUCUUUGUGACUCGUUAGAUUUUUCUCUCUUCUACGGCUCUUUUGUUUCGCUGUCAGGGUCCUGCCCCACCGCACCCAGAGCUAUCCCGCUUCGCCUGCCCACUGAUUUUCGAUACUCGAACAAGCUCGUGCCUCAUCGUGGCUCCUGCGCACGCUGUGACAGGUACGUUACGUCCACCUCAGGGUACCCGCGCCGGGGGCUCAUGAGGGUCAAUGGAUCUUGGGUAAAUUGAGCUCUGUAGGUACUGCCGCUUCUUUUCUGGGUGCUUUGCCUCAACGAUUAACAGAUGCUGCCAACAUGCUCGUACAUAAUGGCACCAAAACUUGUCGCAGCCCUAUUCGCGGACCCCAACGACAUCCAUGUCAGCCACCGCUCACAUCAGACGACCGCGCCUCUCUUUGCACAGGUAGCCCGUUGAAAUAAAGUACGGCUGUUCCCCUGGACUGGCAAAACAGUUUCAUCGCUGGUAGAUCGCUCUACUUGUAACUGACGGGACUCUGAGAGAGAGAAAAAAGAGGAACAAGACAAGACGCCCGUCUCCGCU